UACGCUAUGUGUCGCUAUGUGUAGCUCUUUCAAAUAAAAUUAUAAUUAAAUAACCUGAAACGUGUGUUUGUAAACGUGAAAUACUUUGAAUGGGGUAUUAAUUUUUUUUGCAGGGCUUUAUUUUGAAAGGAACAAGCGGAACCAGAUGGUAAUACUCCACUAACUUGAUUGUCUCUGGGUGUCUUCCCCAGAGAAACGUCAGUAUUUACAUCAAUAUUUUCUGAAGGCAUUUCCGACAUCCUCUGUUCGCCUCGGACAGGGAUUCCGCCCGUCGGUAGGACCGCUUCCGAUACACACAUUAUCAUUAUUAUUACUAUUAUUAUUUUUUCUUCUCCAUUUUUUCCCCUCCCUCCAUGCAACGGUGGCGAGCUCCGUCCGUCUUUGUGUGAUUUGGAGCGGUUUCCUGUGAUGUUGCUGAGCGAUCCCCGUCUGCCGUGUGCACUGCAGUGGUGCGCAGCGUCGCCUGGAGAAACACCUGUGCGCCUCCGCUCUCCGCCGGGCGGCCUCGGCCACGCAUGCUGAGUAGAGAAGAGACAACCCUAGGCCAGGUGUCUGUCUGCAUUUGUCGGAGAGAGAGGCGCGAGGGAGCCACGCAAACACUUCACGGCCUGACGCCAUGCAAGCAGAAACCUACCCUCACCGCAGAGCGCUGAAAUGCUAGACCUGGAGAGCGAGAGUGUCACAUCCAAUCAGCAGACUGUUUACAUCGGAGGCGGCCACAAGAGCCGCUUGACACUAGACUCCAUAACAGCAAGUGUGUGGUUUAAGGCCCCCUUCAGUCACAAUCAAGAAAAGACGCAUUAACUGGUCCUUCAUCAGCACUUUGUACUUCUGUUGGGUUCAGCAGCCCAGAGGCGAGCUGAGAUGGAGUGGUCGCUGGAGAGUGUGAGGGAGAUGGUGGCCGGCGGGAUGCAGUCUGUGAGGGAAUGCGAGAUCUGUGCGUUCGCCAUAGCCAUGUGCGUGCUGCUGCUGUUCAUGUGGUACUGCUACAGAGUGGGCCGCGAGCACGGCACCAGCCCCUUGCGAGGGAGGUACCUGAGCGGGACCAGCCGGAUCGGAGGGGUCGUCGGGGGUUUCAUGAGCUCAGACUGUCGGGGCAGGGGCAAAGGGAAGCACGGGUCACUCCUGGAAGAGCAGAACGGUUUCGCCUUCUGCCAGUCGUCCGAGUGCUUCCGCUGCACCAGCGCCGGCGAGAGCCUGAACCAGAGGCUUUACCACAGCCUCCAGGAAUACGCCAAGCGCUACACCUGGUCCGGCAUGGGCCGCGUGCACAAAGGAGUCCGCGACCAAGGCCGCUACCUCAACAGCCGGCCAACUAUACAACGGCCUGAGGUCUUCUUCCUCCCCGACCUGCCCUCGGCGCCGUUCUUCUCCAGAGAAGUGCAGAGACAUGACGUGGAGCUGCUGGAGCAGAGCUUCCCCGCCCUUCUGGCCGAGUUUGAGAGCAUCUACCACCAGCCCCCGGCCCGCAGCGGCUCUUCCCUCCCACCGGGCUGGAAGGCUAACAGCACCCCUCGCGGUCAGUGGUGGACUUACUACCUGGUGAACCAAGGCACCCCUUUGGUCCUCAACGUCAGGAGAUGUCCCCGCGCGUGGCGGGUGCUGGGCCAGCUGCGCACCUUCAUCGCCAACAAUGUCUUCGGAAAUGCCUGCUUCUCCGUGCUGACGCCCGGAGCUCUCAUUACGGAACAUUACGGUCCAACAAAUGUCAGGCUGCGCUGCCACCUGGGUCUAAGAGUGCCUCCGUCCUGUGAGCUGGUGGUUGGUGGAGAGCCACAGUGCUGGUCUGAGGGCAGCUGUCUGCUUUUUGACGACUCCUUCCUCCACAGGGCUUUCCAUGACGGCAACCCAGAGGACGGCCCCAGGGUGGUGUUCAUGGUGGACCUGUGGCAUCCCAACGUGGCUGCUGCAGAGAGACAAGCUUUGGAUUACAUUUUCACCCCUGGCCGUUUAGAGGACAGGGAAGGGAAAUAGUUGCGAGUGAGAAACCCUUAUUUUUGAGCGAGAGACCAUUGGAGUUUAGCGUCUGUGUGAUUGGGGAGUGGCUCUUUCUCUGCCUCCAGACCAGCUUUUCACGUUCACUGUGUACAUAUUCUCCGGCUCUCACAGCAUUACUCAUGACUCUACUCUGCAGAUAACCAGACAUUGGGCCUCUCUUAUCAACUGCCUUUUCACCUGUGGAGCCAUAAAGCGUCACAGUAAAUUAGUAUGGUCUUAUUGUAUUGCCUGUGCAUAGAGCACUUCACCCAAACCUUGUCAGUUUUAAACAUUUUAUAAUUUAGGUAACACACUGAAGAGGUCUUGUUGUACCUCAAGUUUUCCUAUACGCCGAUGAGUCAUUAGUGUUUAUUUCAAAGCUUUAUGUUUCCUUUAAGUUACCUGUUAUCCUGUUUACACAGAUUGGUCACUUUUCGAUCCUUAUGAACGGAUUGGAAAGUGGAUGUAAUUGUAAAUAAAAUUUGAAUUCAAGGAAUAUUUGUCUUUGAAAUGAUGAAGCACUUCAACAGAGGUGUCUGCAGAGUAAGCCCGAUAACAAGAAGGUACACGUAUCUCAAAGGAAACAUUUUGAAAUGAUAAAAUGAUGUCAAACAGUCCAUUUCGACGGUAACUCCUAGACAGCUUUUGGGAUCCGAGAUUUCAGUUUUUGUAAGGGUUAGCCGGUUUUGCCACACAAGAUUUUGGGUGAGAGACGUCAUACAAAUGUUUUUUGUUUUUUUUUAGGCAUUAACACAAAGUGAACAGGAUAUACCAAGACAGAGUAGAUCACUGAACUUCAGCUGGGGGUAUUUUCUGAGCUUGAAAGGAGAACAAAAGGAGGCAACUUAAAACUGUUUUCAUAAACGAUGCUUAAGAUGCACUUGGAGAACUCUAAAGGAACCACACACUGAAAUUCCCACCAUUGUUCAACAAUCAUGCAAAUGAUUAAUAUUUAUUUAUUUACAACAUAUUGUUUGGAAUACAAUUUAACUAUAUUUACUGUACAUAAACCUUCAUGGUUAAGAUGCCAUUUUUCCUAAGUACCAAAACGUGUAGUCCUUACAUCUGACGUAACCUGUUUAUACUCUAAACCACAGGACCAUGCUGGACCUUUCUUACUGUUAGAUGACAAAUUACUGAAUGUUUAUCUGCAUAUAUUCCAGUGUUGUAACUAAUCAAUCCCUACGUUGCAUUUUUCUAACUUUGGGCUGAUUUUACAGAAGGAAAAAAAGGCAGUUCUGUGUUUGGACAUGGAGAUUGUUUGUUUUGGUCACCAGCUAAAGGAGUUGAACGGUUUAGGUUUAGAUAAGGAGUGAAGCGCAUGCAAGGUUUUAAAUUAACCGAAUCCAUUCAUGCCAUUUCUUAAUGGGUUCAUAGGCCAACCAAUUUGGUCAACUAUUAAUGAAGCCUCUUUUGACAACAUGGAAAUAUUGCCUACAUUCCCACAAGGGCUAAAAAAAUAUAUAUCAUUUGGUGUUUUUCUUUUAUGUCUCUACAAUUCCUGUUAGAUUUGCAUUCAGAUGUUCAGGAUUCGAGCUCUUUAGAAUGUUUACAUUUCUCUGAAUGACUGGAUUUCUGACACAUUGUCAGUGAUUGUAUUACCCGUCACAACUGGCAAAAAGUCACAAUUACGCAUUGUUUUUUGUUAACCUAUACUUUAAAAAAAAAAAGUCCUGUCUAAAAAACACAUCGAGCCACAUUUAAGCAGCACAGGACUGUUACAUAAACUGGAAGGGAUGACUUUUAAUUUUUAAUGAAGGGCUGGGUACAUUAAAGCAGGGAAUCUUUGGCUUUUAUUUAUUUAUUUUUUUUACACACACAUCCAGACAAAAGAGGCACUGCAAUCUUUUUUUCUCUCUUUUUACAUCAGGAGUAGGAUUUGAUAACUGAGGUCCAAUGUCGGCGAUGAUUUGAAUGUUUACAGUUGCGGACGCUGUCUCCGUCCCCCAGGCCCGCCGGUGUGGUGGGUAAUUGUGCUCCCCUUUGAAAAUCAGUCCUGUUUUUACUGGACACUGUUGGAUAAGCACAUUUCAAGUUGCAAAUCGGCCUGCGCAGCGAAACCGGACAGGUGAAGGAUUCUAUUUAUUUAUUUGGUAACAUUUACUAAGCUCUUCUUAAUUUGGUCUUAUUUGAUAAACCAGGUUUGUAUUUCUGUAAAUACGUUUGAAGUGGAAAGAAACCCAAAACCCGGAAUGCCCCGACAUGUGCUGAAAUGACUUUCCCCCCCGAUGCUUUAACUAUUGUGUUGUCUUGAUUUUAUAGCUAAAGUGAUUGCUAAAGUCAUCCUCCGACUGAAAAAGCCUACCAUGAAAAACAAAACAAAACAAAAAAAAAACGUUUUCGAUAGAUUUGAUCGGUACGUUCUGUGAAAUGUUUAUGAAGUACUCUCUCUCUCUCUCUGUUGUUCUGUGAUGUUUUCUUUAGAUCACUGUAAUUUUUGCAGCUCGGUAUAAAAGAAGUCACCAAGCCGUACUCACUCGACAAGCCUCCAUGAAUAAAUGUGCGCAGGUAGUGAAGAUGAAUCCCCUCGGCUUUACUCGUCCGCUGCAACUCAAGCGACCUGUGUUCAGUUCUGAUGUUUACAAAGCCGCGGCCAUUUACACGCCAUCUAACGACACCAGACAACACUGCGUUGAGCUGUGCAUAAUUGGGUUUGAAAAUCGACAGUCCUGCGAAAACCGGUUAAGGAGGGAGG